CUUUCAAAGAGAGAGCACUUAUUAGCUAGUCUUACACCCACCUGGUUAGCCAAGAAAUACAGAUCUUCGCUAAGCUUGCGCAUAUCUUAUAUACUAUAUUCACAACCGUAUCCUUUUAUUCUUAGGGCAGUAAACUGACCACAUAGCCAAGCAAAAAGCCAUGGCAGUCGAUACUCCACUUCUCCACGAUCAUACCAGUGGCAAUGGUCAUCUCGACGAGGAGAAGCCUGUUAGCGUCCUUAAAGAAUUUUCGGAUGAGUCAAAGAGGCUCUGGAAACUUGCAGGGCCAGCUAUUUUCACUUCCAUUUGCCAGUACUCACUCGGUGCACUCACUCAGACCUUUGCUGGUCUUGUGGGUGAGGUUGAUCUUGCUGCUGUCUCUGUUGAGAACUCUGUUAUUGCUGGUCUCGCCUUCGGAGUCAUGUUGGGAAUGGGGAGUGCAUUAGAGACACUAUGUGGGCAAGCAUACGGUGCAGGGCAGCUCAGAAUGUUGGGUGUGUACAUGCAGAGAUCAUGGGUCAUUUUGUUGACAACUGCUUGCUUAUUGGUUCCGAUUUAUGUCUGGUCUCCUCCCAUCCUAGAGCUUAUUGGAGAGACUACUCAGAUAUCUGAAGCUGCAGGAAAAUUUGCUAUAUGGAUGCUCCCGCAAUUAUUCGCUUAUGCGGUGAAUUUUCCCAUACAAAAAUUCUUGCAAUCACAGAGCAAAGUGUAUGUGAUGGCGUGGAUAUCAGCUGCGGUGCUAGUGUUGCAUGCAAUUUUCAGCUGGUUGCUAAUACUAAAGCUUGGAUGGGGCUUAACUGGCGCAGCAAUCACUCUCAACACUUCAUGGUGGAUUAUAGUUAUUGCACAAUUGUUGUACAUUUUCAUUACCAAGUCUGAUGGUGCUUGGAGUGGCUUCACAUGGCUUGCAUUUGCUGACUUGGGGGGUUUUGUCAAGCUUUCUUUGGCAUCUGCUGUUAUGUUAUGCUUGGAGUUUUGGUACUUGAUGAUCCUUGUAGUGAUAACUGGUCGUUUGCCUAAUCCCCUGAUACCAGUUGAUGCCAUUUCUAUCUGCAUGAACUUGCAAGGAUGGGAUGCGAUGAUUGCUCUAGGAUUCAAUGCUGCCAUAAGUGUGAGAGUAUCAAAUGAACUUGGAGCUGGUAAUUCACGGCGUGCAAAAUAUUCAGUGAAAGUGGUUUCAGUGACUUCCAUCUCGAUUGGAGUUGUUUGCAUGGCCUUGGUUUUCGCAACAAGAGACUAUUUCCCUUACCUCUUCACUACCAGUGAUGCUGUUGCUAAAGAAACUACCAAACUUGCUGUCUUGCUUGGAAUCACCGUACUUCUAAACAGCCUUCAGCCUGUCUUAUCUGGUGUUGCUGUUGGAGCCGGAUGGCAAUCUCUUGUAGCAUACAUCAAUAUUGGUUGUUACUAUGUAGUUGGAUUACCGGCUGGUAUACUCCUGGGAUUCACAUUUGGUUUCGGGGCAAUGGGUGUUUGGUCAGGGAUGAUUGGAGGAAUUUGUUUGCAGACCAUUAUCUUGAUUAUAGUCACUUCAAUAACUAACUGGAACAAAGAAGCUGAAGAAGCUGAGAGCCGAGUUAAGAAAUGGGGAGGAGCAGCUGCAGAGCAUUAAUCUGAAAAGAAGUUGCUAGUUCGUUAAAGGGUGUGACAAGAAAUUGUUGCUUAUGCAGAAACAAUGACAGCAAAACACAUCAUGGGCUGAGACAGAUGAAGAAAGUUUUUCAAUGCGAGGAGUUUGAUUUUGAUUAGGCUAUAGCAACCACAGUAAUUUCUUAUUUUAGUUUGAACCAAACUCAGAAUCUUGAUGUGGCAAGAAGUGAUUGACCUCUGAUUAAGUGAAGUAGCUGCUGGUGUCUGUCACCUUGAGCUGAAGUAAUAUCUGUAACUUGUUGAUUGAGUAAGGGUGACACAUCGAUUUUUGUUGCAUUCAGGAUUUUUCUUCUUUCGGUACUCAUUUGAAUAUUACUUUCAAAAUAAAAGGGUUCAAUGUCAAUUCCAAA